GUUGGGAACACACAAAGUCUCAAUGGUGAUAUCACCUCGACAGCACUGGGAAAAGAGAAGUUGGCCCAAAUCUGGGAUUUUCAGCACACUCCGUGGUAUGUGGUGGCCACACAUAUUCCAUAUAUAGAAGGGAAGUGUGCACGAUGCUGUAGGUGUCCUAAAAGUAGAUUUAUCUUCAGCCUUUACUCUUCAUCUUAAAAGCCUUCUGUUUUCCCUGUAAAAGGUAAUUUCUCUGUGGAAAUCUUCUAACUGAGCAGAGUUUAGAGCGGUUUUGGGAUUGUUUCCCAUCUCCAUAAAUCUGACCAUUCUUGAAAGAAAAUUGCUAAGAAUUUCCGACUGGACCAUGUAAUCACUGCCCUGGUAUCAAGAGGAGGGGGAGUGACAUGAAAUCACUGACUUGUGACAUACAUUCCUCAGCAACGGCGGCUGCUGCCUAAUGACAGCUAAUAAAGGGAAUCUUCCCUUGACAGAGCUGCAUGCCUGCAGUGGGACUGGAAUGUGCCCAAGAUAAACCCCCUGAUAACCCAGGAAGCAGAGAUCACAGCCCAAGAGUAUAAAAGACGAGCUUCGGAAGAGAGAGGACAGGACAACGAAUAGAGAGAUCCAAAGGGACAUCUCAGAAGAGACAGCUUGAACUUCGCUAUUCCCAACCAACUCAGCGCCAUGGACACUAAAGGCUCAUUUUUCUAUGGCUUCCUCUUGCUGCUGCUCAUCCAGCUCCAGUCCAGCAGAGCCAGCCCCAUCUACAGCCUCAGCCCUGCCAAAGAACUGGCCAGCAUGGAGGCUUUGUUGGAGAGGCUGGAGGAUAAGUUUGCAAUGAUUGAAGCCCUGGAGUCCAACCCUGACCUGCAAGAACCCAAACCCCAGGAGGAGAUCCGCCCAGAACUCGACGACGACAGCGAGGACCAGAAGGCUGAGCCCAGGCUGGCACCCAACACCCCCCUGUCCUACAGGGACCCCGUCCUCAAGAGGCUGAGGGGGCUGCAGAUGCCCAGGAUGAUGAGAGACUCCGGGUGCUUCGGGAGGAGGAUCGAUCGGAUCGGCUCCCUCAGCGGGAUGGGCUGCAAUGGUUCCCGGAGGAAUUAGGAUCAGCCUCCCUAUUCCCUGCUCUGAAGAAUGCUUUACAGUACCUGUUCCUCCCAAGAUGAAAGCCAGAUGCUUUCCAAACUCCUCAACAGAAAGUUAUUCCUAUUUUUAUUUAUUUAUUUAUUUAUUUAUUUGAUGUUUUUUAAAGAACAUUUCUUGCUCUAGCACCAAGAGACCAUCUUUAAAUAAAACUAACACAUUAGACAUCUAUGCUGGACCUCUCUCCUGUCUGUUGCAUUAAAUUUUCUUGUAUAUUCCUAAAGUCAAAAUCCUAAGUUUUAUUGGUAUUCUGGUACCCACGAGGCUGGAUCUUCCUUACAUGAGAUAGAGAAAGUAUGAACUUGGUAGAAACUGAGUUUUUCACUAGAGUUUUUCCAUCUGCACUAAAAAAUUCUAACAGAUUAGCAGGAAAAAAAAAGCUUGUUCAACACUGAAAGACCAACAUAUAUAGACAGGGUUUCAGUAACAAGAGAGUCCUUUUGCUGGUUUAGAUUAUUCAGUCACAGGAACUGCCACAAAUCCCCCAUGUAAGCAAAAUUUACAUGGAAAGAAAUAAGAAAAAUUAUAACACUCCACAAAUUUCAAAAUAACCAGAGGGAGGAAAGGGAAUUCAUUGUAUUUGCUUUUAGCACUGGCCAAAUAAAGGUUACGAGCAUCAACAGAAAGAUACAUCAGUAACUGUGUCUUGUCUCACUCUGCACGUGGCUGAGAUACUGAUUCCCAGCAUUUCUUGAAGGAUUCUUUGAAUAAUCCUUGAAUAUUCCUCAUGAGAGAGCAGGUGGGAUCACUCCAAUUACAAAGCAGCUUGUACAGAAC